AUGUUAGAUUAUUGGAAGAAAUCUCAUACUCAAUGGGGAAAUACGGAUACUGCUGAUUUACAAAUUUUGAUUCGGGAACUAAAAUCUGGAACAAGAGCAAGAUGGAAAACAUUAGCAAUGCAACGUGACCUAGGCAGUAUUUUUUGCAAAAUUUACGUGUGCUACGCCCUGUACUGCUGGUAUGGAGAAGAAGAGCAUUCAAUCUUAUGUACACUACGACAUGCACCGCUGUGUGCUACGCCACUCACUGCUGGUGUUGGAAAAGAAGAGUGUCUGGUCUUUACAUCACUGCAACGUGCAUAUUUUUUAAGAGCUGUACCCCACGACUGCUGGUCGAGUUGA